GUCUUAGAAACAAGAUUAAGUGCAAGGCGUCCCUGUUUAUCAAAAGUAGUGGGCGUCCAGAUCCUUUUCCAGUUUCCACCCCAAACCUCAAACCUUAAAAAACAAAAACAAAAAAAAUAAAAAAAAAUUUUCCCCCCAAUUUUCUUGCUCUUUUUCUCUUCUUUUCUCACCAUCCAAACAGGCUUAAUAAAUUUAUUCAAAAAAGGGUCUGCAAGUGCAAUUCUGAACUUGUGAGGGAACUUUACUUAUCAGGUUUUAUGUCUUCUUAUUGCCAUUGGCAAUGGAAACUCAAAGUCAACUAGAAGUUACAGGGCAGACAAAGAUGCUUCCUCCACCACCUGGAGCAUUUCAAGAUCGUGAAGAUCUUAUUAAACACGUCCGUGACUUUGGUGCUAAUCAAGGAUAUGUGGUUACUAUCAAGAAGUCUAGGAAGGACAGAAGAGUCAUCCUUGGGUGUGACAGAGGAGGGAUUUAUCGUAAUAGGCGUAAGAUUGAUGAAAGCAAACGCAAAAGGAAAGCUAGUUCACGCCUUAUAAAUUGUCCUUUUGAAGCCAUAGGUAAAAAGGAAGAUGAUGUCUGGGUACUAACCAUAAAAAAUGGGGAACACAACCAUGAGCCAUUAAAAGACAUGUCAGAACAUCCUUAUAGUCGUCGUUUUACCGAGGAAGAGGUUAGGCAAAUCAAAGUUAUGACAGAAGCUGGUGUAAAACCUCGUCAAGUGCUUAAGGCUCUCAAGCAAGGUAAUCCGGAGCUGCAGUCAACACCAAGACAUUUGUACAAUCUCAAAGCAAAGAUCCGUCAAGGGAAUCUAUCAGAGAAAAGUUAUAAGUCAUGGAGGCCGAAUAGGUCUGUUCCCGUGGAAACAAAUACCACUCCAACUGGGGGUUCAAAGCAAAAUAACAACCAGCCGAGUUAAAUGUAGCUGAAGGUUCCUAAUUUUAUUGGAGGAAAAUUUGUGGAUUCGCAUGGCUGUUCGCUGAUUGACGUUUUAAAUCCUGUAA